AGUUGGUACAUUUAAUCACAGCUAGCUUUCACUUCAUAAACUCAGUCUAACAUUGCACCCAUGGAUACCCUCUGUACUGAGACGAACAAUAAUCGUUAAAAUAAAAUGAGGUUAUAUGGAGUUAUUUUGACAUUAUUCUACUUUUCUCUGUCGUCCGCGGUGAGAAUUUUGACAUCCCCGCCACUAAACUGCUCUCAACAGGGUUUGACAUGUACAGUCAUUUUAAGUAACUGCCUGGAUAAAGAAUGGCUGAAAGUGAAGGACUACACUCCCAGCAGUCCAGAGGGGUUAAAGGUGUCCGUGGCAACCGUAGCUGAUGAAGCGGGACAGCUGCAACCUGUACUCGCUGUUAACUGGACCAUAAAAGAUGAUGGCAGUAUCCGCUACCUGAACGCCACUGAGCUCCAGAUUAUAGUCUUGUCCACAAAUGAGCACCUGUGCGUCCGAUAUUCCUUUCAAGACAAACUCCCGAUGAGGAAUCCGUAUGGCAACAAGUGGUCAUUUUCAGCAAACAUGCUGGUAUUGGACCCAGGACACAUGUAUCUGGUUUCUGUCUUCAACAUCCCCAAACCAGAACUGGGCCACAGCCACUAUGACGUCAGCGCUAAGGUAGAUGUUCCUGAUUGUCAAGACUCGGUGAUAAUGAUGACCCAGUUUUGCAUAGAGAGAGGAAGUCUUUGGCAGUCGAACAUCAGUGUGGUGGCAAAAAGACCUGCACUGACGGUCAGCUUCUGUCCUGAUCCACUGUGUGAGGACUACAUGGUUAUUGUUAACUGUGCCUCUAUCCAACAUGUCAGCCGUGCAUUCAAGGCCAACCAGACCAACCUGAAUGUUACGUUCAGCCUUGAUAAAUGGCCCAAAUCUUGCUGCCAGUUUGACGUUGGGAUUAAACCAAUGUUCCACCAAUGUGGCCAAGAUUGUGUUCGGCACCAGAAAACGCUGAACGUUUGUACAGCUGAACCUACUGCUGCCCCAGAUGCUCCUCAGUACGUGGCCGUUAUCGUGUGUGUGGUGCUCCUAAGUGCUGGGAUCUUAUUUGUUUACAUUUGCAUCCUCUACAGGAAGCCGGGCGGCCCAGGUGUUGCUGCGGGAGAUGAAAAACCAAAACUACUCCCAAAACCGCUCCAUCAAACCCCAAAAGUUCUAGUGAUCUACUCCCAAGACCACCGUCUCUACAGGGACGUCGUGUUGAAGCUCUGCGCGUUCCUCCAGGCCAAGUGUGGCGCCAAGGUGCUGAUUGACCUCCUUGACAGCAACUCCUUGGGCGCGGUGGGACGUCUCCCCUGGCUGGAAUGGCAGCGCCGGCAGUUGAAGGACCCCACAGACAAGAUCUUAGUACUCUGUUCGCCGGGUGUUCAGGCAAAGUGGAGGGCCAUGUGCGGUCACGGCCGGGUCACGCUCAAGGAGGAUCUCCUCUCCCCGACAAGCGACAUGCUGACGCCCGGUCUCAACCUCUUCCUCCACGACAUCCACCGAGCGCGCAUGCACGGGAAGUACAUGGUGGCCUACUUCAGCGACAUCAGUGGCGAGCAGGACGUACCGUCGGUCUUCGACAUUGCCGUCAAGUACAAACUGAUGCGACACUUUGAGGAGCUCUUCUUUGGCAUCCUGGACAUGGAGAAGUACCAACCGGGUCUUGUCAACCACAUCGAGGGCAUCAGCGAGGACGAAUACUUCAACUGUCCGUCAGGCCUGGCCCUGAAAAACGCGAUUGAGACGUUCCAGUCAUACCAGUUAGAACAUCCCGACUGGUUCGAGAGGGAGUGUGUGGACAGUGAUGAAGACCUUGUGACGGAGGCCAGUUCGCUCGUUGAGGUUCAGCAGGGCCCUCCAAUUCUCGAGUGCCUCCCCCUCGUGAGGGACGGACCUUCAAUCUGCGUGUGUGAGCCACAAAUACGAGAGAACGGAAGCGGCAUCCACGUCUUAACCCCGGAACUGAACCCAAAGAGCACGCUUCCAUCAGUGGCGGAACUCAUACCAGAAGUCAACCCCGUUUAUCCGUUGAACCUGAGUUACGCAUUCCCUUCAAGCGCUCCUCCGUCGGUUCUUCUCACUGAGCCCGUUUCCUCAGGACACAAGUGGCGGGAUCGCACUGUGAGCCAUCAAGGUCAAGUUCCAGUGGAGGAUGAGGAAGAUGGGCCCAGUGGGUUCCAAGACUCACACCCCCCUCGCCCCAGCACAGAGGGUUCCCCUCCAAACCCAAGCAACCAGCCUGUGGAGAUGCAUGAGGAUAAGGUUGUGGAGCUCCACAGUGGCUCUGAUCAAGGCUACAUCUCCAAAGUGCCUUCGCCACUCGGAGCGCCUUACAAGGAGGAUCCACUGGUGGCUCUGGCAAGGCUGCAAGAGGAACUGUUUCUCCAAAGUAUGGCUAGCUCUGAGUCCGGCGACUAGGGAUUUGUUUAGUGGGCCUGACUUACACCCCACAGAGUACUUUGGUUUCUCGGUUGAUGGACUUGAAACCUUCAGUCCGUCCUGACCUUCUCACCCCCUGGUUCUCAAACUCGUUCAAAUCAGGAAUCAGCUGUUGUUCUUUGCAAGAACCACCAUUCUUUUGGUACCCCUGCUGAGACAGCAAAAAUGGUUUUGAUAUUUCUGGGAUGGUACUUGGUGUAAAAACUUUGAAAACUUGUAAAAACCAUUGAUCUACAGCGGGGGAAAUAAAUAUGUCCUGCUGGUUUUGUUCUUUUAGGAAAGUACUCUCAUCUGAUAUAUGUGAUCUAAGUCCACCACCGUGGGCAUGACCAAAGAGCUGUCACAGGAUCUCAAGGACAAAACUGUAGAACUGCACAAGACUGGAAUGGACUGGAAUGAACCCCCAUGAAGAUGGUGGAGGUUUCCACUCCAUUCUGCAGCAGAAAAUGGAAGUAUAAGCAAGUUGGGAAAAAAAAAUAAAAAAUAAGGCUAACUCCUUACCAUUUUUGACGAAAAUCAACAUCUCAAGAAAAUUCAUUUUCUGCACUUUUUGGGUCAGGCCGGGACCCCCGGUGAGGGUGUGGGAGGUUUCCACUCCAUUCCAGAGCAGAAAAGUACAGCAUAAGCAAGCUGAAAAAUGAAAAAAGUACGAAAGGCUAACCCCUUACCAUUUUUGCCGAAAAUCAACAUCUCAAGAAAAUUAAUUUCCAUUCAACAGGGGCCCCAGAAGCACCCAAAAAGUGCAUAAAAUGCCAGAGUUUGAGGGUGGAGAUUUUUGACAAAAAUUAUAAGGGGUUAGUAUGUCGUUUUUUGUUUUUUUUUUCAACUUUCUUCUAAUGACUUUUCUGGUCAAAAACAGGGUAAACCUCACACACACUCAACAGGGAUCCCAGAAACAUGCAAAAAUGGCAUAAAAUGCAUAAGUUUGAGGGCGUUUAUUUUUGACAAAAAACCUAAGUACGUCAUUUUUGGGGGUUUUUUGACAAGAAAGGUAAGGGGUUAGUAUGUCGUUUUUUUAAAUGAAUGAAUGAAUGAAUCAACUUGCUUUUAAUGCACUUUCCUGGUCAAAACAACAGGGGAAACCUGACGUUUCGAAAGGCUAACCCCUUACCAUUUUUGCCGAAAAUCAACAUCUCCAAAAAAAUUCAUUUCCUGCAUUUUUUGGGUCCUGCCAGGAGCCCCCAUGAGGAUGGCGGAGGUUUCCACUACAUUACGAAGCAGAAAAGUGCUGUUGAAGCAAGCUGAAAAAAACAAAAACAAAAGGCUAACCCCUUACUAUUUUUGCCAAAAAUCAGCAUCUCAAGAAAAUUCAUUUUUUGCACUUUUUGGGUCAGGCUGGGACCCCUGAUGAGGGUGUGGGAGGUUUCCACUCCAUUCCAGAGCAGAAAAGUACAGUAUAAGCAAGCUGAAAAA